AGAAGAACUUUGGAGUUGCAUACUUAAGCCACACUGCUUGGUGCAAAUAGCAAACCUGAUAGUUUUCUCUUAUACUUAACCAUGUUUCUCGAGUAGAGAAUCUCCUGUUAUACUUUCCUUUCUCAUUUCUCCACAACGACACAUCUUCCUCCUGUAUCAAUUUUGCUUUGUACUUUUCAAUUUCUACUUCCACUCUGUUUAAGAUUGGAACCUGAUGUUGCCUCCUGUGAUUCCUACUGGCUGUCAUAGUUGCAUUUGUCGGAAUUCCUAUAUCAAUACAGCUUCCCUUUCUCAAUACAUCCUUUAAACAACCCAAUGGUGACCACACUUCAUACCAAAAGGAUGCUUUUUCCCCGUUCUUCACUUCAACUCUAUAGAAACGUUUUACGAUCUCACGGUAUUUGAGAACCUUUCUCUACAUCCAUGAGCCAGAUUAAGUAUUAUCCUUCACCAUCCAGAAAGAAUCCUUCCUGAUAAGAUAAGUUUUUACCCAGUUUACCCAUAAGGAAUGAGAUGAUAAGAUUCUCCCAAUCAACUUUAGAGCUCAUCCAAUGUGCCUCUUUCAAAGGCCUUACUCCCAAUCCUCCUUCCAUCUUCAAUCUAUAGAUAUCUGUCCAAGCUAUAUAGAUUUCUUCUCAUUAAAAUCUGGACCAGACCAAAGAAAGGCUGAACAAAUCAUUUCAAUCUCCUUACUGCAUCCACUAGGGAAUCGAAAAGCAGCCAUAGAAAAGCUUGGAAGAAUUUGCAUUUGCUACCAGUUUAGUUCAUACGAAUUUGUCAUGCAAUAUAGUACCGUUUGCUAUAUUGCGCAUGUGUUCUUCGUUUUCCUGACUUGUGCCCGUUUCAAAAGUAUGAUCUUAACCUUUUUUCUUGUCUUUUUUCUAAUGAAGUUUAAGACAUGGUCCUAUUUUGGUCUUGCCAAACAUUUACAACUUUGGUCUCAACAUAAAUUGAAUUUAACUAAUGGGUUUACGUUUUCUCCAAGGCAUUCGUUACCACUGGCCAAAAUGAUUUUAACGAGAAAAUAGCCGAUUAGAGCUUCAACUUAGGAAUCGAUCAGACGCUAUGCAUGGGUGGAUCUACUAAGGGAGUAGGGGGGGGGGGUCAGCUGACCCCCGAUAAAAUUGUCAAAUCAUUUGUUUUGUAUUAAAAACGCUUAAGAAUCUCCAGCUCAAGUGGUAGUUGUGACCCCCCCAAACACAGGUUCAGUUCCUCACCAAUUGACACCUUCCUCAGUAUAAUUUUGCUAUUAUGUUUCAAGGUAAUGGAAUAAUUUGAGACAGUUUUAUCAAAGUGCCCUCCCUCUAUUUCAACUACAUGAAUCAUGAAACUAAUCACAAAAGAUGCUAUGUUUGAAAAAAUAAAAUAUUUGAAUUUUGGUAUUGAAUGUUGAUUUAAUAUUAAGCAAGCAAUGAUUAGAGUAACGUGCAAGCUCCCAUUACCUUGAAACAUAAAGAGCAGCAAAAUCCAUGAGAAAAUAAUCAAAGGAUAAUCCUCUAUCUAGUAAUGACGAUUUUAAGCUCUCUUUCAUGGAUAAGCUUUCUUCUUCUACUCUUUCUUGUUCAUGCUCAAGACCAAUCUGGUAUCUUAAAACAGCCUUUACUCUAUUAAUAUCUUCACAUGUUAAUGAGUUAAAUAAUCUGAUUAAUAUCUCUCUGUAUGUUACAGGUUUUAUCAGUAUAGAUUGUGGUAUACCGGAUGAUUCGAGCUACAAUGACGAGACAACAGACAUAAAGUAUGUUUCCGAUUCAACGUUUGUUGAGUCAGGAACAAGCAAGAGCAUAGCUCCUGAGCUUAAGACAAAUACUUCUCUUGCAAGACAGUUUCACAAUCUAAGAAUCUUCCCUGAGGGUAAGAGAAACUGUUACAAAGUGUGGCCUCAACAAGGUAAAGGAUUUAAGUAUUUGAUCAGAACCCGUUUCAUGUAUGGAAACUACGAUGGAGUUGGUGAAGCACCACCCGCUUUCGAUCUCUAUCUCGGUGUUAAUCUAUGGGAUUCUAUUGUUCUUGACAAUUCAACAUCUAUAGUAACCAAAGAGAUCAUACACACUCCCUCUCUAGACUAUUUUCAUGUUUGUCUUGUUGAUAAGAACAGCGGAACUCCUUUCUUGUCUGUCUUGGAAGUAAGAUUCUUGAAGAACAAUACUUAUGAGACUCCUUAUGAAUCUCUCAUGCUUUUCAAGAGAUGGGAUUUGGGCUCUAUUAGUAAUCUUCCUGUCAGAUACAAAGAUGAUGUCUAUGAUCGCAUAUGGAUGCCUAGUAGGUUUACGGACCAUAUGAUACUAAACACGUCACUCCCUAUUGAUCAAAACUACAACAACCUCUUCCAACCAGCUAGUGUUGUCAUGAGCACCGCUACAAGACCACUUAACGCUAGCAGUUACAUACUUCUGUAUUGGGAACCGGAAGACCCUAGGUUGAAGUUCUAUGUAUAUCUGCAUUUUGCUGAGGUUGAAGUGCUCACAGGAAACCAGACGAGAGAAUUCACAGUUAAUUACAACAAUGACACAACACUUGCUGAAAAGUUUAGGCCUAGCUACUUGUAUACGGAUACAGUUGUCACUCCAGACCCAGUAACUGGAUUAAUACAUGAGUUUUAUUUGGUACAAACUUCUGUUGAAAUGCUUCCACCGAUCAUUAACGCCAUGGAGAUAUAUCAAGUUAAUGAGUUCCUUCAGUUAUCAACUGAUCAAGAGGAUGUGGAUGCCAUGACGAAGAUCAAGGAUACGUACAGAGUGAAGAAAAACUGGCAAGGAGAUCCAUGUGUUCCUGUGGAUUAUUCUUGGGAAGGUCUUGAUUGUAUGGAUAGUGAUAACACUACUAACCCAAGAGUUAUUUCUCUGAACUUAUCUUUUAGUGGAUUGACUGGACAGAUUGAUCCAGCCUUUUCCAAUCUUACAUCCAUCAAAAAACUGGAUUUGGCAGGUAAUAACUUAACAGGAAAAGUACCAGAUUUCCUUGAAAAUUUACCAAAUUUAACUGAGUUAAACUUGGAAGGAAACAAGCUGAUAGGAAUAAUUCCACGAAAACUUCUUGAGAGAUCAAAGGAUGGAUCACUUUCACUGAGGUACGGUGGAAAUCCCGAACUUUGUUCGUCUGAUUCAUGCGAAAAGACAAAGAAAAAUCAUGGUUACAUCAUUCCAGUAGUAGCAUCAGUCAUAGGACUGCUCCUUCUUUUGACCGCAUUUGCUUUAUUCUGGCAUUUAAAGAAAAGAUCACAUAAAGGUUCCAAUGAUGCCAUGACCGGUCCAUUCAACACAGCUCAACGAUACUUCAAAUACUCAGAAGUUGUGAGUAUCACAAAUAACUUCGAGAGAGUUCUCGGCAAAGGAGGUUUUGGUGAAGUAUACCAUGGAAUCUCGGAUGGAGAUCAAGUUGCAGUCAAGAUACUUUCUGAAGAAUCAGCUCAAGGUUACAAAGAGUUUCGAGCAGAGGUGGAAAUUCUGAUGAGAGUUCAUCACAGAAACCUGACCUCUCUUUUCGGAUACUGCAAUGAGGGAAACAGAAUGGUCCUUAUUUAUGAGUAUAUGGCUAAUGGGAACUUAGGAGACUACUUAUCAGGAAAAAUGUCAUUUAUAUUGAGCUGGGAAGAGAGGUUAAAGAUUUCACUAGAUGCAGCGCAAGGGCUAGAGUAUCUUCACUAUGGUUGUAAGCCUCCUAUAGUUCACAGAGAUGUUAAGCCAACGAACAUAUUACUAAAUGAGAAGAUCCAAGCCAAGAUUUCAGACUUCGGUUUAUCAAGAAGCUUCCCCGUUGAAGGAAGCGAUCAGAUUUCAACCGUUGUGGCUGGAACAAUUGGUUACCUUGAUCCCGAGUACUACUCGACGCGCCAAAUGAACGAGAAGAGUGAUGUUUAUAGCUUCGGAGUUGUUCUUCUUGAAGUGAUAACAGGGCAGCCUGUAAUUGCAUCCUCAAGAAGAGAGAGGCAUAUAAGUGAUCAGGUCAGUUCGAUGUUAGGCAAAGGAAACAUCAGAGGGAUUGUGGAUCAGCGUCUGGGAGAGAGAUAUGAUGCUGGCUCUGCUUGGAAAAUGGCAGAAUUAUCCCUUGCUUGUACAGAGCAGAGGUCUACGCAUAGACCAACGAUGAGUCAGGUAGUUAUGGGGCUGAAACAGAUCGUUGAUGGCAGAAUGAACGAUCAUAAUAACCAAGGUGACUCGACAAAGAUGGUUACAGUGAAUCUGAAAUCCGAAAUGGGUCCUCAAGCAAGGUAGAUGAUUUUACUGCGUGCUGAAGAACAAAUUCUUUUUUUUUCUUUCAUUUAUAUCGCAUCUCAAUAAAAACGUUACGUGUAUAAAUUUAUUUACCUUACCUAUGUAAUAAACCUUCAAACU